CAACCAUGAAAUUAAAAAAAAAAUACGUUGUAUUUUUGUAGUCUUUUAUUUUUGGCAUGGCUUUAAGUUAACAUUGUGUAUUUUAAAUAAGCAAUUUGUUUGAUUACAAUAACCAUAAAUCAUGGGAAAACUCGACGUUGCAAUGUUGCGUUACUUAACUGGUGAGGAUUUUCGUGUUUUAACUGCGGUUGAAAUGGGAAUGAAAAAUCAUGAAUUAGUGCCAGGGUCUUUAGUUGCUUCAAUUGCCAAUUUACGUCAUGGUGGAGUCCAUAAAUUGAUGAAGGACUUAUGUAAACAUAGGUUGCUUACGUACGAGAGAGGAAAGCAAUAUGAUGGUUAUCGGCUCACAAAUUCUGGCUAUGACUACUUGGCACUUAAAGCUUUGACAAACAGAAAAGUAAUUGCAUCAUUUGGAAAUCAGAUUGGUGUGGGAAAAGAGUCUAAUAUUUACAUAGUAGCAGAUGAAGAUAGAACACCUUUAUGUUUGAAAUUACAUAGACUCGGUCGUACCUGCUUCCGUAACAUAAAAGACAAGAGAGAUUACCAUGCCCACCGCAAUCGUGCCUCUUGGCUUUAUUUAUCAAGAAUUUCAGCCACUAAAGAGUUUGCCUACAUGAAAGCUUUAUAUGACAGAGACUUUCCUGUGCCCAAACCGAUAGACUUUAAUAGACACUGUGUUGUAAUGGAGCUUGUAAAUGGAGGACCAUUAACACAUGUGACCUCAGUAUCAGACGUAGAAUGGCUGUAUGACGAGUUAAUGGGUCUAAUAGUCCGUUUGGGUAACUGUGGUGUAAUACAUGGAGAUUUUAAUGAAUUCAACAUAAUGAUUGAUGAAGACGGACACCCAAUUAUCAUUGAUUUCCCUCAAAUGGUCUCCACUCGGCAUCCUAAUGCUGAACAAUAUUACGACCGUGACGUUCGCUGUAUUCGUGAAUUCUUCAAGAAACGCUUCAGUUACGAGAGUGAAGAGUACCCAAGGUUUUCAGAAUUGGAAAGAGAUGACGAACUGGACACUGAAGUAUCUUGUUCUGGAUACAAACGGGAUGUAGCCAUUGAAAAUGAAUUGCUUCAGGAGAUGGGUAUUGGUCUCGAAGUCAGUGGUGAUGAACAAAGUGAUACAGAGGAUAAUCACGAAGACUCCACGAAAAUGAAUGAAGAUGAAAUAGCUUGUCUAAGAGAAGAGGUUGAAGCAUCUAUUCAACACGAUGAAACUGUUCAGAAACUUACUGAAAGAACAGACAAUUUAUCAUUAGAUGAUGAAGUGCCUAUUUUGGUAUUAAAUCCAUCCACUGAACCCGAUACAAAAGAAAAUACCGAAGAUAACGAAGAGAACAAAGAAGAUAAAACAUCUCAGAAGUACCGACUGGCUAUGAUAGAAAAAGCUUUAUCUGAUGUAAGAUCUAUGAGAUCGUAUACCUCUGCGAGUACGAUAGCCCCGGAGGUGGUUAAAUCGCAAGUAAAGAGAAAUCUAGAACAGAGGCAGAAGAAGAUGGAAAGAAAGAAGGCGAUUGCGAAAGGGGAAGCGAGUGCUGUCACGAGACAAAGAAGAGACAACACGGAGACCAUCAGAGAGAGUCAUGGUUUGUGGGGUUGGGCAGAAUAGAUAUAAAAAUGUUAUGUAAUUUAUGUAUUAUUUCAAUCAUUUAACUAGAGGUGAAGCUUAUAUCAAAUCACAGGUUUUAACACAUUUUCGUUUGAGACGUGGAAAUACCGAGUCCUUCAUUUGAGCACGAAGGCGUUUCACGGAACCCUUGCAAGUGCCAAAUGAAUUUUAAUCUUAUUCUGCAUAACUUACGGCAGCUACUGCAACUUACAGAACGCGAAAUACUCUCGCGAGACGCAAACUUUUACAUGCGUGUGAGUAACAAAUAAUAUUAUCCCCUUAUAAAAGAAGUUUUAAGCAUAUUUUAGCAUUGAAAGAUAAUACACGUAUAGACAAAAACAGAAAGAUAGUCGUACUCUUUCUUGCUUUCACAUUGAAUUCUAUAAAACCCCUAUGUCUAGAAUAUCACGUAUUAAAAGUCAUGGUGUAUAAAUUUUUUAACAAUAGUAAAUAAAUUUAGUGUCAAAAGUUA